ACCUUAUCUCUCAAUAAACACAUUGGUCAUAUAACAUAUUUAUAGCCUUAUCUAUAGUGUUGCAUAGAGGAGCAGCAACCAUGGUAUCCUUAAGCUCUCAUUUCCAUUCCACCAACUACUACUUGAAUAGGAAUAAUAAUUCUCAUCACAAUCACAAUUUCAGAAUCAAGCACUAUGUUUCAUGCUCUGCCCAGCCUACACAAACCAACAUUAAGGUAGUGAUAAAUGGAGCAGCCAAGGAGAUAGGAAGAGCAGCAGUGGAAGCUGUGACUAAAGCUAGGGGAAUGGAACUUGCUGGUGCUGUAGAUACUUGUCAUGUUGGGGAAGAUAUUGGACAGGUAUGUGGCAUGGAAGAGCCCCUCGAAAUACCCAUAAUAAAUAAUCUCACUAUGGUUUUGGGUUCUAUAUCUCAGUCCAAGGGAGCAGGAGUUGUAGUUGAUUUUACUGAGCCUUCCUCCGUAUAUGACAAUGUAAAACAGGUAACAGCAUUUGGCAUGAGAAGCGUAGUGCACGUUCCGCGAAUGGAAUUAGAUACGGUUGCAGCAUUAUCUGCAUUCUGUGACAAGGCCACCAUGGGUGUGUUGGUUGCACCAACCCUUUCCAUAGGAUCAAUAUUGCUACAACAAGCUGCAAUCUCAGCUUCUUUCCAUUACAGAAACGUUGAGAUUGUGGAAUCCAAGGCUAAUGCAAAUGAUCUUCCAUCAGUAGAUGCAAACCAAAUAGCAAAGAAUCUGUCAAACCUGGGUCAGAUCUAUAACAGAGAAGAUGCUUCAACGGAUGUGUUGGCAAGGGGUCAAGUCCUUGGAGAUGGAAUUCGUGUGCAUAGCUUGGUACUUCCAGGACUUCCCUCAAGUACAACAGUUCACUUCUCUGCUCCAGGAGAGAUAUAUUCUAUCAAGCAUGAUAUUACAAAUGUGCAAUGCCUCAUGCCAGGCUUGCUGUUAGCCAUUAGAAAAGUUGUGCGCCUCAAGAAUUUGGUGUAUGGCUUGGAGAAGUUUUUGUAAAACCAUAUAAUCAUGCCACUAAGAAGACUACACACAUAUCUCAAUUCUUUUAAAACGGUUUUAUUUUUCAUCUUUAAAUUUUAUUAAGUAUUCAAAUGGUGUAUAUGAAGAAACUAAGGAUGCUCUGCACAUUUUAACAUCAUAGAUGUUUGCAUUUUAAUCAUGAGAAAUCGAAUAAAGUUUGAUGGAUGAUUCCUGUGCA